AUGGACUGUUUCAAGUACCUUGGAUCCUUAGUGACUUCCACAAGCGACAUUGAUCAAGAAGGUCGAGCACGUGUUAAUGCGGCAUGGAUGAAAUGGAAAAUGGCAACAGGCGUACUGUGCGACAAGAAAGUCCCUGUUCGACUGGAGUCCAAGAUCUACAGGACGGUUGUGCGACCUGUUGCUCUUUACAGAUGCGAGUGCUGGCCGAGUUCGAGGGAUGGGAGGGGAGUUAGAUGCUCAAGCUGGGAGUUGGAACGUUGA